AUCGGAUGUGGACCAGAAACACAAGCGUCACCAGGCUCUUUUGUUUGUCGCGUUCCAUCCGCCGCUGGACUAGGGAGGCUCCGCAGAGGAAGUGAGUCGGAUUCUCGGGACAGUAUAGGAGGCAGGAGGGUCAGGCCACCUGGAGCGCAUUCUGCUGAGUGAGACCUCCUCAAAGAGGGAUCAGACACGUGUGUACCGCCAGCCUGUCACUCAGGGGCUAGGAGGCGGGGCCUGGGGGGGAUCUGCCCAAUUUGUGGUCACAGGGGCGGUGCCAGGACUACCCUCCAAUCAGAACGGGAAGGGCCAAAGGCUGUCCUAUCACGGUGAGGAAGCGAGGUGGCUUGGUAACGUCCAAUUGGGUUCUGGGGGAUUAUCUUCGGAACCCAUCCAAUCAGGUCGCAGGGACUGAAGGAUCGCCCAAUCAGGGCCCGGGACCUGUACACCACCCAAUCAGGCCCGAGCGAGAGCCCGGUGGGUGUGGCUUUCAGCCGGGGCGGCUGUUGCAGUGGGAUCCAGCGCUGCCGAGGUUGCGGGUGUGCGCGCCGUGGGAGGACGCCCGGAGGGCGCGGAGCGGGGGCCCCGAGAUGGCCUCUGUGGUCUUUGAGGAUGUGGCUGUGAACUUCACCCCAGAAGAGUGGGCUUUGCUGGAUCAUGGUCAGAGGAACCUCUUUAAAGAUGUGAUUCUGGAGACCUGCAGGAACCUGUCCUCCGUGGAGAAGCAGAAAUUUCACAGCAGUGGAGAUCUGACCCAAAUGCAGGAAGGGCUUUUGAGCAGUCCUUUGUUGGAGAGUGUCUGUGAACGUUUUGAAGGAGAUCAAUGUGGAGAAACCCUGAACUCGAUUACAAGUCUUACUGUGCAUGAGGGGUGUCCUACUGGAGGCAAAUCCUGUGAAUGUGCUAAGUGUAGGGAAACCUUCACAGAUGGUUUUUUCCUAGGGAAUCUGCAAAGAUCUCACCCAGGACUCAAACCUAGUCCCUGUGAGGAAUGUUGCCCAGCCUGCAGCUCCAUCACGAGCCUCAGCACUCAUGUGGAUGCAGACCUUGUAGAGAAAUCCUAUGAAGGUCAGGACACCGGGAGAGCAUCGGAGACAUACGCAAAGAGUCUGAGUAGUAAAAAAUCUCUAGAGUGCAAGAAAUGUGGAAAAGCUUUCACUUGCAUUUCUUCUUUUCAGGGUCAUGUGCAAAAUGACCGUGUACAGAGGGUCCAUGCAUGUGACAUGUGUGGGAAAACCUUCUUAUAUCACUCCUUCCUUACACGUCAUAUGAGAACUCACACUGGGGCUAGAACCUCUCAAUGUCAGGAGUGUGGGAGAGCCUUUGGGUAUAAGUCAAGCCUGCAAAAACAUGUGAGGACCCACGCUCAGGAGAAACCCUAUAAAUAUCAGCCAUGUGGGAAAGCCUUCCCUGGUCAGCACACCUUUCUUGUACCUGGGAGAAGACCUACAGGGGAUGGAUCCUGGGAAUGUAAAGAAUGUGGGACAACUUUCAAGAUACGUCUACAUUUUGAAUGUCACAUGACCACACACAAUGUAGUGAAACCCUAUGAAUGUGGGGAGUGUGGCAAAGCUUUCAGGCAUCACCCAAACCUGCGAGUACAUAUGAGGACACACACUGGGGAAAGACCCUAUGAAUGUAAGGAAUGUGGGAAAUCUUUCCAGAGGUAUGGUCAUAUUAAACGUCACAUGACCACUCACAGUACAUUGAAAACCUAUGAAUGUAAGGAGUGUGGCAGAUCCUUUCGGGAUCAAUCAUACCUGCGAGUACAUAUGAGGACGCACACUGGGGAAAGGCCCUUUGAAUGUCAGCAGUGUGGAAGAGCCUUCCGGAAUCACACAGACCUGCGAGUGCAUAUGAGGAGACACACUGGAGAAAGACCGUAUGGAUGUCAGCAAUGUGGGAAGACCUUCAGAUAUCAUUGGAAUCUGCGAAGUCAUGUGAAGAUACACACGGAGGAGAGACCCUAUGAAUGUCAGGAGUGUGGGAAAACGUUCAGGUAUAAGUCAUGCCUGCGAGAACAUAUGAGGACGCACACUGGGGAAAGACCGUAUGAAUGUCAGGUGUGUAGGAAAACCUUCAGAUAUCAUUGGAAUCUGCGAGAACAUGUGACAAUACACACAGGGGAGAGACCCUAUGAAUGUCAGGUGUGUGGGAAAACCUUCAGGUAUAACUCAUGCCUACGAGACCAUGUGAGGACACACACUGGCGAGCAACGCUAUAAAUGUGUGCAUUGUGGAAAAGCCUUCAGUCGUAAGUGCACCCUUGUACUACAUACUGUGAGAAAUCACGCAGGGGUGGAAACCUGGAAUGUAAGGAGUGAGGGGAAGCUUUCAGGAAACAUCGACCUCUGAACAUUACAGGACCACACACAAGGUAGUGAAACCCUAUUAAUGUCUGGAAUGUAUCAGAGCCUUCAUGUAUCACACUGAUCUAUGGAUACAUACGCAGACACACACUGGGGAAAAACCCUGUAAAUGUCAACACUGUGGGAAAGCCUUCACAUCUCCUUGAAACUUGGGAGCACAUAUGAGGACACAUGCUUGGGAGAGAUCCUAUGAGUGUCAGCAGUGUGGGAAUACCUUCAGGUGUCUGUCACUGUGGAAGUACACAUACGGACACAUGUUGGGGAGAGACCUUUUGAGUAUAUAGAGUAUGGGAAAGUUGUCAGCUGCAAAAUGUUCAAGGUCAGUUGAAAACACACAGCGCAACUAAACCCUAUGAAUGCAAGAGGUGUGGGAAGGCAUACAGGUUCUUCUCAUCUCUUCGAGUGCAUGUGAAGAAACACCCUGGGGACAGAUCUUGACAAAUCACCGAUCCCUUCAAGAACACACCAGGCUGCACAGUGGACAGUAAGCCUUUGUAUGUAAGGACUCUGGUAAGACCUUCGAGUGUCCCAGAGACCUGCAUGUACAUGUGAUGACCCUGAGUGGGCAGAACCUUACGAAUGACUGCUCUGUGGGAAAGCCUUCAGUUGUCUCUCUUCCCUUCGAGGACACACAUAAACUUAAGCACCAUGGAAAAGCCUUCAGGUAUCCCAGGAAUCUGUGAGCACAGACACACUGUGGCAUAGCAUUUAUCCUCCUUUAAAUU